GGUUAGGUUGACACCUCGCAAGGGCAAGUACGCGCGAAAUACGCGCUCGCAAUUAGUCAAAGACCGCUCGACGAAUGAGGGGGAACGAGGAAGAACGCGUUUGCGCAAAUAUGAGUGGUGGGGGAACGCACGGACUGCGCAUGCGCGCGCUGCUUGGUGACGCUACCCGGUGCGCACAUAGCAAAGCCACGCUUCUCUCUGUGUCGCGUCACGUUCGCCGACUGUGCAGAUAUCGUUGUAAACAAGUGGCUUUUUAUCUAAAAAUAUUAUUGAUUAUAUUAUUAAACACGAGUCCAUCCGAUUAUCGAUAUCUCGAAUAAACUGGAGUAAAGAGCGCUAGGAAAAGUGAAGGUUGCGUCCCGUCAAAGUGACAAGAGACGACAGAUUUUCUCUUCCAUUUUGAAAGAACAAGUGGCAGAGGCAAAUCGGCGUUAUUUUUGCGAACGUACACACUUGUCAGUGUGAUUUUCGUUUUCGAUAUCAUCGGUGGUGAUUCGAAAAAAGAAAAAGGACAGCAGCGGAGUAAAGGGACAGAUAUCCGUACAGAUUCAUUUUGGGAGAAUUAUUUAGUGACCGGAUUAAAACGGCGUCGUUUCUAUACCUGACAUAAGUUACUUGCAUAUUUGGCAAAAGUUUUGACAUUGCAAUAAUUAAUUUUCGGAGAAAGAUUAUACGAGAGAAGUGAAGAAGUGUGUCGCUGUAGUUUAAAAGGGACAGAUAUCCUUAUUUUGGAGUAAGGAGAACACGUGAUCGUGUCGGCGUCCCUUUUCAUAUUUGGCGACGUGUUUUUACGUCGACAUUGUGACGGUGUUGCUUCCAUUAACUUCCAGAAGUUCGAUCUUUUUGCGCUUCUUCUACGAAACAUGAAGCUAAUCGUAAACGCGCUUGAUGAAAUUAAUGAUUAUCGCGACAAUUUUUACAAAGACUUAACGUUAUUCUCGUGUUUAUUGCUACGACCGUAUAUUUUGGACAAUUCCACAUCUUCGUUACCUCGUGAACAUCAGAAACGAUAGUGAUUCAUACAGCAGACAGGAUGUUCAGUUUUCACAAACCAAAGGUGUACCGAUCUAGUACAGGCUGUUGCAUUUGUAAAGCCAAAUCUAGCAGUUCGAGAUUCACAGACAGUAAAAAGUAUGAAGACGACUUUAUGCCAUGUUUUCAGCUUGAGGAGAGGCGUAGUGGUGAAAUAUGUAAUGCAUGUGUGCUUCUAGUUAAGAGAUUCAAGAAGCUACCUCCAGGAAGUAAUCGCAACUGGAAACAUGUUGUGGAUGCACGUGCCGGUCCAGGUAUUAAAUCGCUGACAAAAUUUAAAGCAAAAAAUAAAAGGAAACUUAAGGAUAAACCCGACAAGUUUCUCAAAAAGAAACACAUUUACAUAAAAACAGAGACAGAUCGAGAACAAAGUCCGGCGAUGAGCGAUGAUUUAACUGAAGAUUACAGAUUAACUGAUAGUAAAACUUCGAGCAGAUCAGAAAGUGCUUCAGACGACGACGAUAUUAAUGCUAGUGAAAAAUUGGAUCUCACUUCUGAAGAUCAAGAUAUUAAAGAAGAUGAUUUUUAUUUCAUUGAUUUAUCAUACUACAAAAGAGAAGUGAUUUGUUGCGGCAGUAUCUUCAAAGGUGCCAAUGGCGAGGUAAUGAUACAUCCUUCUUUUCUCAAACCCUGCAUAAGCUGUUUCACCAGGCGGCAGCUUACUGCUUCUUUGGCAUCCAUUAGCCCCAUUCACAGUUCGGCAUCUGUUAGUCCUGCUCAUAGCGUCGAAUCUACAUCAUCAUCAAAUACAGAAACAAAUUCCAAACAAAGUACCAAGACAUUCAGCGAUUCAUCAUCUGAUUCCGGUUACGACGAGUCUUCUAAUCAGUAUGAAAGCAAGAUAGCAAAGAACGUUCAGAUCAAAGAUGUGGAAAUGGAAGAAUCCAUAAGGUCCAUAGAGCUUGAACAAUUAUCGAAUUGCAAAUCCUUGCAAACUAUCAAUGUCGGUAAUCAGUCACACCAGUCGGUCUCUAAUUAAUGUCGGCCCUUCGUAGAAGGUUAAUUUAUUCCUUAUGAAAAAAUAUGCAUAAAUAUGUACAUAUAUACAUAUACAGGGUAUCCAUAA